GUCUAGCGAACGCGGAAACGGCAGUCAAGCGUCCGAUUCUUCUCCCGCUUCGAGAUCUUACACGAGCCGCGAGUUUCGUACGAGACCUACGAAACAGUCUCGUCUCAAACAACACCUGCGGUACGGUGACCGGUGAAAGUGAAAUUUUCGGUGGUCUACGUGUCCGAGUUCAGAGAAAGCGCGUCGACAAUGGACGUCCGCGACUUCAGGGAGUUCGGCAAAGCGGCCGUCGAUUACAUCGCGGACUAUUACGAAACGAUAAGGGACAGACCGGUCGUGUCGUGCGUCAAACCCGGAUACCUAGAUGACGUUAUACCGAAAGAGCCGCCCUUCGCAGGGGAAUCGUGGCGAGACCUCCUGCAGGACGUCGACAGGAUCAUCGUGCCAGGACUCACGCACUGGCAGUCACCCAAUUUCCACGGCUAUUACCCCACCGGGCAAUCCUUCCCCGCCGUAGUGGGGGAACUCAUGAGCGCCGGUUUCGGUGUGGUCGGUCUCAGUUGGAUCGCCAGUCCCGCCAUGACCGAGCUCGAAGUGGUGAUGAUGAACUGGCUCGGACGCAUGCUGGGCCUCCCCGAGGAGUUUUUAAACUGCUCCGAGGGACCGGGAGGGGGGGUAAUACAGGGCUCCGCUAGCGAGGCCACCUUCGUCGCCCUGCUCACCGCCAAAGAGAAAAAGGUGAAGGACCUGAGGGCGUCGCAUCCUGAACUAUCCGAGGCUGAGAUCAAGGGGAAACUGGUCGCGUACUCGUCCGACCAAUCGAACUCGUCGGUGGAAAAGGCCGGAUUGCUGGGCUCGAUGGUCAUGAGAUUGCUGCCUAGCAACGAGCACGGCCAACUGAGCUGCGACACGCUGCAAGAGGCCGUCGACAAAGACAGAGAAGCCGGCCUGAUACCAUGCUACGUCGUUGCUAAUUUGGGUACUACCCCGACGUGUGCAUUCGACAGUCUCGACGAACUCGGCCCGAUCUGUCAGAGAGAGAAGAUGUGGUUGCACAUAGACGCCGCGUACGCGGGUACCGCGUUCGUGUGCCCCGAAUAUAGGCACCACAUGCGCGGCAUCGAAAUGGCCGACUCGUUCAACUUCAACCCCCACAAAUGGAUGCUGGUCAAUUUCGAUUGUUCGGCGAUGUGGGUCCGAGACGCGAAAUACCUCGUCGAAGCGUUCAACGUCGAACGGAUUUACCUGAAGGACCAUCACAAGGGUCUCGCCCCCGAAUACAGACACUGGCAGAUAUCCCUGGGUCGUAGGUUCAGGGCUCUGAAGAUUUGGUUCGUGCUCCGGAUUUACGGAGUAGAGGGAAUCAGGAAACACGUCAGAGAUCAGAUCGGGCUCGCCGAAUACUUCGCCGAACUCGUCGCUAGCGACGAACGCUUCGAGGUGUGUUCGUCGAACAUGGGCCUCGUUUGUUUCAGAUUGAAAGGCGACGAUAGCCUAUCGGUGGCGUUGCUCAACGGGAUUUCGGCCCGGAAAAACCUGUUCCUCACCCCGGGACACUUGCGGGGCAAGUUCGCCAUCAGGUACGCGGUGUGCAGCAGGCUGACCGAUAGGGCGGACGUUAAUUACUCGUGGAAGGAAAUCACGAGCGUGCUCGACGACAUUUCUUCGAACAAGUCCGCAGCCAAUAAACGAAACAUCGCGACGAUCAAUAUGCCUGACAACGUCAAUGCGAAUACUGAAAAAUCCAAAUAGGUCAGAACGGAUAGUAUUGUGUUGCAUCCUUAUGAUAUAAUUAUGUUUAAGUUUUGAUAUAUUUUGGACUGUAUCAAUAAUUGGCUAUUAAUAAAAGUUAAUAUAUAUAAAAG